ACAUCGCGAUGGUCGAACGCCGCGCGCGGAUUUAUCAUCGAAAUUACGAAACUAAACGCGAAUUCUAAUUUUAAAAUUUAAAAAAGUAAGCGCCUUUUUUUGUCAAAGAUUUUUUUUUUCUUUUAAUUUAACGAUCUUGGAUUGAGUUUGAAAAGUUUUGGUGGACUUUUGGUGACGAUUUUUUUUGUAUAGUGAAGAUUUUUUGCGAGUGUAUUUAUGUUUUAAGGAUACAAAAAUGUCUGCCGAAUCACUAUCAGCCAGGGAAAGCUCUACAACUGAUUCCCCUGGAUCUGCAGUCGUCGAUUCUAGAGAGAGUGCCGAUUCUCUAAACAAUCUUCUCAGUGGUAAAACAGAGGACAAAAGGUUGAAGAGCUGUGUUGACCUUAAGUGUUCGUUGCCGGAAAAUUGCUCUUAUGAAAAUGGAGCAACAGAAAGAGGAAGUCGGUCCUUUUGUUGCAAUGUAGUUAGCCAGUUUGUUUGGGGUGUAUUGUUGCUGGUGAUAUCCAUAGGUGGUUUCUUAUUCACUCCUCAAGAUCUCAUGCUGAAAGAGAAACUUAACAUGAGACCAGGAUUCCCUCCCUAUGAAUGGUGGGCUGACCCUCCGGAUGAGGUAAAGUUAAGAGUAUACGUGUUUAAUGUAACCAAUCAUGAACGGUUCCUAGCUGGCUUAGACGAGAAGAUAAAUGUAAAGGAGAUAGGACCAAUAGUUUAUUUAGAGAAACUCCUACAUUCUAACAUACAUUUUAAUGAUAAUAGCACAAUGACAUACUUAGCUAAACGGUACCCAAUCUUUCUGCCACAUCUAAAUGACUUCAACUUGAAUGACACACUUAUCGUUGCGAAUAUGGCAGUUUUGGGUAUGGCCUCGUAUCUUCAUGAUGCCAACUACAUAGUGAGAACAGGGUUCAGGCUCCUCGUCGACUCGCACGGUAGCAAGUUGUUUAUGAAGAAGACUAUAUACGAAUAUCUGUGGGAGCUUACCGACCCAGUGUUGGAUACGUCCAAAAAUAUUGUUCCAGGCAUUGUGCCUGUCAAUAACAUGGGGGUGCUCGCUAGGAUCUACGACGAUUUUACGGACAAAGUGACUGUAAAGAUCGGUUCACAGUGGGGCCACGAGAACUUCUUUCAAAUAGACAGGUUCAGGGGCCAACCACAACUCCCUGGUUACGACGCCAAUGAGUGUCCUGACCGUAUAUUCGGGUCAACGGAAGGAGUUAUGUACCACCAACAUCUCAAGAAGGAAGACGUGAUAUUAUAUUGGAGGAAAACUGUAUGCAAAGUUAUGCCAUUGUAUUUCACUGAUGAGAUGGUAAUCGACGGCGUGCCCGUAUACCGCUAUAACUUAUCUGAGAACGUUUAUGAUCGAGUAUUGAAUGGUACCGAUUGCUACGACACUGAUCCCACAUUGCCCAAAGGUCUCAGCGACGGGUCAAAAUGUUAUUAUAACUUUCCGAUGGUGAUAUCCUAUCCACACUUUUACACAGGUGAUCCACCUAAAGAUACAUAUGUUACCGGACUGCAUCCGGACCGGUACAAGCAUAAUUCAUAUAUUAUUGUUGAGCCGAAAACGGGCAUACCGUUUCGGUCUGUAGCUCGUAUGCAGAGCAACUUGAGAAUCCACGAUCUAUCCGGCUUCCCUUACGAUUACAGAAAGUUCUCCAAUCUAGUAAUACCAUUGUUUUGGGCUGAAUAUAAUCAAGAAGAUUUACCAGCUCACAUCAAAACAACAAUAUACUUCAUGACUGUGAUAUUACCCCCUGUGUCUUAUAUAUUACUUUCGACAUUACUCUUGAUGGGCAGUUAUUUUAUAGCCAAAAAUAUUUACAUUUAUUACUUAAGGAAUGAAAUCAUAAAUUCUUUGCUUCAAUUUAAGAGUAAAAAUAAAAGUUUAACGUCAAAUAAAAUUUUGACGUACGAAAAAGAAGCCUUUUUAAAAAUAUCUAGUUAGAUUAAAUUUGUAUGGUGUUAGAAGGAUAUUCUUAUUUCUACAAUAUAUAAGUACAUUUUAAAUUUUAUAUAGUUUAUUUAAUCAAAAAACGUCUAAUGUAAUGAUAAUAAAACAUUUUAAUAGAUUUUCCUACUAUAAAAAUAUAUUAAAAAUCUGAAUUUGAACACCAAGGAAAUAUAAACCUUUUUAUAAAUGUUUUUGUAAUAAGUAGAUACUGUUAUACAACUAUUAUAGGGUAUGUUACAAAGACCUUAUAAAUACCGAUUAAGAUUAGUACUAUGUAUUUAUAUUUUUAUAGAUAUAGAGUCGUUAAAAUAAUAACGAUAAUAAUACUAGAACAAUGUCCUCUUAGAUAAGACUGAAAGUAGUAAAUGAAUACAGAAUUUAAUUAAACCUUUUCACAUAUAAAUUCUUACGAAUUGCCAGUGAUAAUAAUUAAAACACUGUAAUAUAUUAAAACUUCAUAUUAACUGAUUAUUGAACUACUGCCCCCUGAUUGCUUAACUGUCGUACGCUGAUUUGUAAGGUUCAACGAUUCUACAAUCAAUAAAAAAGAAAUGCUAUUUCAUUUAUGCCAACAUUUCUUUUCUCCCGUUUAGAAUGUUUCUAUGUUGGUACUUUCUUACAAAACUUGUAAUACGUGUGAAAUUUCUACCAAAGUUAGUUUAUAUAAUAUUGGUGCAUUUUAAAUGUACACACUGCACGUCAGGUUACCACAAUAUACCAAAUUUCAGCAAUACAUUUUAACCUCUACUGUCAUCGUACUAAAGUUUGAAAUCGACGGGGAAAUUUGACAGUUUUGUAUAGUCUGACGUGCUGUUGACUGUACAUAUCUGCAAAUUACUUUGUUUAAUUUUAUAACAAAUUAUAUUCUUAUUAGUGAUAGUAUGUAAAUAGGUACUUAAAUAUCGCGAUAUCGUAUGAAAAUUUACCAUGUGAUAUUAAUGUACACAAUUAGUUUAAGAUUGAUACGGGGGAUUAGUUUAUAGUUCUGAUUGUUCCUAAUUGAAAAAGUUUUAUAAACUUUUUGCUCACAAUUCCUUGUAAGUUUUGUAUUAUGUAAUUAUAUAAGCGUU